GCUGGGGACGCAGGCCUGAUGAGGCGAGCGACGGCGGGUGACAGCGGGCGGGGCGGCGGGCGGCGCCGCGUCCACGCCCUCUGCUCGGUGGGGCCGGGAGGGUCCUCCCCCGGCUCGGUGCUCGCGGGGCUCGGCGGGCGAGGCGAGGCUCGGACGCGGCGCCAUGCACGCGCUGGCCCCAGCCUGGCCGCUGUGGCUGCUGGUGCGCCGGCCGCCGGCCUGUCGCGUUCGGGGCCCGCGGCCGGGGCCGACUGACCUGGGGCCGGCGCGACCUUGGACCGCGGGGCCGGGGCUCCUCGGGGGCGCGGGAACCGCGCGGAGCCCGUGCCGCUGGGUCAGCGGCGGGCAGCGUGCGGGCGCGGGGGCCCGCGGCGGUGGCGGAGCGGGCCUGGCGCGGCUGCUGUGGCCCGGGGCGCGAACCCCCGGCGCUCCCCUGGCGCCCCGCGCUGGCUUCCCGGGUGGUCCCGCAGCGGUCGCUGCACGGGCCGGGGACCAGGCCUGGCGCCGCGGACCGACGUUGCCCUCGGCAUCAGCGCCUGCCCCGAACGACUCCGGGCUGCGCCCCGCCGCGGCCGGGCGCUCGGAAGCCCAGAAACUCCUGAGGCUGGCGUACCCCGAGCGCUGGAGACUGACAGCUGCUGUUGGGUUUCUAGCCAUGUCCAGUGUCAUCACCAUGUCUGCUCCCUUCUUUCUGGGGAAGAUAAUCGAUGUCAUUUAUACCAACCCCACUGUGGAAUACAGCAGCAGCUUGACCCAGUUCUGCCUGGCACUCAGUGGUGUGUUUCUGUGUGGUGCUGCUGCGAAUGGUGUUCGUGUCUACCUCAUGCAAACUUCAGGUCAGCGCAUUGUGAAUAGAUUGAGGGCUUCUUUGUUCUCCUCCAUUAUGAAGCAGGAGGUUGCUUUCUUUGACAAGACUCGCACAGGAGAAUUGAUUAACCGCCUCUCAUCAGACACUGCUCUUUUGGGGCGCUCAGUGACAGAAAAUCUUUCCGAUGGGCUCAGGGCUGGGGCCCAGGCUUCUGUUGGCAUUAGCAUGAUGUUCUUUGUCUCACCUACUCUGGCCACUUUUGUUUUGAGUGUGGUGCCUCCAAUAUCUAUCCUUGCUGUGAUUUAUGGACGAUACCUACGAAAAAUGACAAAAGUCACUCAGGACUCCCUGGCACAAGCUACUCAGCUAGCUGAGGAACGAAUUGGAAAUAUAAGGACUGUUCGAGCUUUUGGUAAAGAAACGACUGAAAUAAAGAAAUACACCAGCAAAGUGGACUAUGUGAUGCAAUUAGCAAGGAAAGAGGCAUUUGCUCGGGCUGGCUUCUUUGGAGCAACUGGGCUCUCUGGGAACCUGAUUGUGCUUUCUGUCCUGUACAAAGGAGGGUUGCUGAUGGGCAGUGCCCACAUGACAGUGGGUGAACUCUCUUCGUUCCUCAUGUAUGCUUUCUGGGUUGGAGUAAGCAUUGGAGGUCUGAGCUCUUUCUACUCAGAGUUGAUGAAAGGACUAGGUGCUGGAGGACGCCUCUGGGAGCUCCUUGAGAGAGAGCCUAAGCUUCCUUUUAAUGAUGGAGUUGUUUUAAGUGAGAAGAACUUCCAAGGUGGUUUGGAGUUUAAGAAUGUACAUUUCACCUAUCCAGCUCGUCCAGAGGUGCCCAUAUUCCAGGAUUUCAGCCUUUCUAUUCCAUCAGGAUCAGUCACUGCACUGGUUGGCCCCAGUGGUUCUGGAAAAUCAACAGUGAUUUCCCUCCUGCUGAGGUUGUAUGAUCCUCUGUCCGGAACUAUCUGUCUUGAUGGGCAUGAUAUCCGAGAGCUAAAUCCAGUCUGGCUUCGAUCCAAGAUUGGGACAGUGAGUCAGGAACCAAUUUUGUUUUCAUGCUCAAUUGCUGAGAACAUUGCUUAUGGUGCCGAUGACCCUUCCUUGGUGACCGAUGAGCAGAUACAAGAAGUGGCUCAUAUUGCCAAUGCAGCUGAUUUCAUCCGAAAUUUCCCUCAAGGAUUCAACACUGUGGUUGGAGAAAAGGGCAUUCUCCUUUCAGGUGGGCAGAAACAGCGGAUUGCAAUUGCUCGUGCUCUGCUUAAGAAUCCCAAGAUUCUUCUCCUAGAUGAAGCAACCAGUGCACUAGAUGCCGAGAAUGAGCACCUUGUACAAGAAGCUCUAGAUCGACUCAUGGAAGGAAGAACAGUGUUAAUUAUUGCUCAUCGGCUGUCUACCAUUAAGAAUGCUAAUAUUGUAGCUGUUCUUGACCAAGGCAAAAUUAUUGAAUGUGGGAAACAUGAAGAACUUCUUUCAAGACCAAAUGGAACAUAUAGAAAAUUAAUGAACAAACAGAGGUUUACUUUAGCAUAAAGAAGUUAGAGGGGCUGGAGAGUUGGUAUAGUAGGUAGGGUACUUACCUUGCACUUGACUGAACCUAUUUAAAUCUCCAGCAUCCUACAUGGUCUGUCAAGCCUGCCAGGAGUGAUCCCUGAGCAUCUCCAUGUGUGGCCCACAAACAAAUAAAACACACAAAAAGAGGAAUUCUAAGUAAACUGAAUAUAAGAAGAAUUGAUACAAAUCAGCAUUGCAGCCAAGGAGGGGGAAGGGAGACUUAGAGACUUAUAUAAAAUCUGUAAAUCAUGCUUUAAAUAUUGAAUAUGCCUAUUUUUUUCAAAGUGUAUAAAAUAUUGUUUUGAAAUGUACCUGUCCGAAGCAUUUUUUAUUCAGAGUUUUAAUAACUGUAACUUUUUAAACAUCUAUAGUGCUGAAGUUAUUUUCAGGUUUCUUUUAUCUUGAGAUAUUUUAAUAUAGCAGGGCACCUCAUUUUUUUUACCUGCUGUGUAAAUAUCAAAUGACGACUUUUAAAAGGGAAUUAUAAAUUAAAAGCCUAAUUAUUUUAGGCCAGUUUGCCAGUAACUGUAUCUAACUCUAUUUUAUUCUGAUAAUCUUAUGAUGUGAAACUGACUAAUUUCCAUACAAAAGCAUGCAAUUCUGAUGACUUUUUAAGGAGG